AUGCCGAAAAAACUUAAAGUUGUGGUAAAAUCUCUGUAUUCUCAUGAGAUUCGAAAAGAUGUGAGUUUGGAAAAUUUAAAAUCAUUGAAACUCGAAGAUGCUUGGCCAUUUAUCAGAGACGAAAUCGAGAUUGAAAUUGGUAGCAGCCAGCUAGUUUGUAUUCCGCAUAUUACCGAAGCCGAUCUCUAUAAUAUUACAUCGCUUUUUGUGCCCAACGAAAAAGAAAUAAACGGUAAAAUGUUUACACCUCUUGGAGAACUGAAAAAGAAUAUAAAUAAGGUGCAAUCUAGCCCAGAAUACGUCGAUCUGCUGGAACAGGGUGACUUUCAAGAGAAAGAUUUUAAGUUUCCUCAUGAAAGUGUUAAGAUAACAUUACAAGAUGAAUCAAUUAAAAAUAAAGUGAGAGUGAUAAUGGUUAAUUUUAGUAGAUGUUCGAUACCUAAAGGAAAGGACUUUGUAAACAACAUUUAUUUGGAUGUGGAAAACAAUAAAGCUUUAAAGGGCAAAAAAUCAGUAUAUAUGAUUACAAAUGUAUUGAUGGCUAAAACAAUUGAGUUUAGAGUAAAUCAAGGCACUUCAUCAAGAAUCUUUCACCUUGGAAAUGCUUCACCUCUAGUCUUUGGAUUAGAAGAAUAUCUAAUUGGUGAUGAUGGAAAGCUAAUUGCUAAGGAACCAGUGAAAAUUAAAUCGAAGUUGCUUCACUGGCAGAAAUUAGACCCGUCCGAUCAUCUCUACAUACCUGCUGCUGAUAAAGAAACUGCCAGCGCAUAC